CAGCCGCCGCCGCCGCCCCGCGAUGUCCAGGAGGAAGCAGAGCAACCCCCGCCAGAUCAAACGCACCUUCGGUGACAUGGAGGAAGGGGAGGAAGCACCUCUGGAGGAUAGCAGCCACUUGGAGAGAGAGAGCGGCGCCUCGGACCCCGAGGGCUCCGUGGAGGGCGAGUCAUCCCAUUCCCCUUGCAGCGAAGAGGCAGAGCCCAAAGAGAAUGCAGCAAGUCCCAAGGAGCCCGAUAAGCAAGAGAUUCUGGAGGAGCCACAGGAGCCGGACGCAUGGAACGGGCCAGGUGAACUGGAGCUGACAACUUCUGAGGGCAACAGCAAAGUCUUUGCCAGGCAGAACGUGCCCGAGGGCUUGUCCUGGGGUCCGUACCAGGGGAACAUCCAGACUGAACCAGCGCCUUCUCCAGGGCACGGCGAGACGCCGAACCCACCCGUGACCUUGGUGUUAGAGGAUGAGAACUUCUGGAUCUCGAAGCUGCCUUUGGUUUCCGGAGAAGGCGAGGCCAAUGUGGUGAUCUAUAAAAAGGAUGACUCGAUCUGGUGCAAGACCACCAAGGCCAUCCCGGAAGGAGAACCCCUGAACGCUUUCGUCAUGGCCGAGCCGAUGGGCAUCCCCAACCACGCGGUGAAAUCCGAGCCUGGAGAUCCGGCUUGCCCGGCGGUGCUGCCCUCUGAAAUACAGCUCCUGCCACAGCAGGCGGGCAUGGCUGCGAUCCUGGCCACGGCGGUGGUAAACAAGGACGUUUUUCCUUGCAAAGACUGCGGCAUUUGGUACCGCAGCGAACGGAACCUGCAGGCUCACCUCAUGUACUACUGCGCCAGCCGCCAGAACAUUGCGUCACCGGCGGUCGACGAGAAGCCCAAGGAGGCCUACCCCAACGAGCGCGUCUGCCCCUUUCCACAGUGCAAGAAAAGCUGCCCCAGCGCCAGCUCCCUGGAGAUCCACAUGCGCAGUCACAGUGGGGAGAGGCCUUUCGUCUGCCUGAUCUGCCUCUCUGCCUUCACCACAAAAGCAAACUGUGAGCGCCACCUGAAGGUUCACACAGACACCCUAAACGGAGUCUGCCACAGUUGCGGCUUCAUCUCCACCACCCGAGACAUCCUCUACAGCCACCUGGUCACCAAUCACAUGAUUUGCCAGCCGGGCUCCAAGGGGGAGGUGUACUCCCCCGGUUCCUCAGUUCCUGCCACGAAAACUCUGCCCCCAGGUCUGAGCACGCCAGGCCCUGCUCCCACGCUCAAGUGCAGCUUCUGCGGCUACGUGGCUGACAGCUUGCCCGGCCUUCAACAACAUGUGGUUUUGCACAGCGCCGCAGCAGCAAUUCUGCCCGGCUCAGAGCCCAGCCCUGCCCCGAGCCAGCCAGAGACCCCUGUCAAGCUGGUUAAGGCACCCCCUGCCGAGGAAGCGGAGGAUGGCUCCCCACAACAAGAAGGAAGUCCCUCAGCCUCUUCGAGCGAUGCAGCCCCUUUGGUGCGGGUCAAGGAGGAGCCCCUGGAUGACGGGGAGGGCCACAAACGAAUCUCCCCAGUUGCUCCCGAGCCAGAACCAGAUGCCGCCUCUCGAGCAUCUUCUCCACACAGCCUGCCAUCUGUGAGGGUGAAAUCCGAGAUGGCCAGCCCCACACCGGGGUCCAGCCCGGUGCCAAGCGAGCAGGGGUCGGGCACAUCUGGAGGCACUAUAUUUCUGCCGCAAUACGUGUUUGGCCACGAGGCCACGGUAGUUCCUCAAGCGUCGGAGAUCUUGGCGAAGAUGUCGGAGCUGGUGCAUAGCCGACUGAAGCAGGGCCACACUGGGGUGCCCCCCGCCCUCUUCCCUGGCACCCCGGUGCCCAAGGGUGCCACCUGCUUCGAGUGCGAGAUCACAUUCAACAACAUCAACAACUACUACGUCCACAAGCGGCUGUACUGCUCCAGCCGCCGCGUGUCGGAGGAGAGCCCACCUGGCCCCCGCAAGCUGAAAGCUGCUCCUCUGGCAACCCCGAAAGGCCCCCCCGCGCCCGGGGUGCGCCUCUCACCCCAGGCUCCUGGAGAGACUCAGGUGGUGCAGGAGGGGGAGACUGGGAGAGGCACCCCUCCACCCGCCGCAGAGAUCAAGCAAGAGAUCAAGGUGGAGGACAGGGUGAUGAAGGCGAGCCCCUCCCCUGAGGCUGAUGGUGCUGGGCGGAUGACCGAGGACAGCCAGAGCCCGGGGGGCAGCUCCGUGGAGGAGCCGGACGAGGACCCCAGCCGGACCGUGUGCGAAGCCUGCAACAUCCGCUUCAGCCGCCACGAGACGUACAUGGUGCACAAACGCUACUACUGCGCCUCCCGCCACGACCCGCCCCUGCGCCGGAGCAGCGCCAGCAAAGCGCCCUUCCUGCCACAGCCAAUCCGCACCCGUAAGCGCCGCAAGCUGUACGAGAUCCACGCUGCCGCCAGCCAGCUGGGCAGCACCUCGGACGCCCCGCGCCCCGAGGCGCCCCCCGUGGUGCCGGCCCUUAUCUCUGUGGUCAAAACCACCCCCUCGCCCAGCUCGAGCCCCGAUGCCGAGGGGCCCAUCGACCUGAGCAAGAAGCCCCGCCUGCACAGCGGGGGGGAGGUGCUGCCGGCCUCCCUCCUGCCCCUGGCAGACUACCACGAGUGCACCGCCUGCCGCAUCAGCUUCCACAGCCUGGAGAGCUACCUGGCCCACAAGAAGUACUAUUGCCCAGCCACGCCUUUGCAACCCAGCACGCUGGAACAGCUGCAGAAGAUCAAGGGGGCCGUCCCGCCCCUCCUGAAGCCCCGGGGUAGCCCUGACCAGCUUAGCGAGGAGCACGAAGGGGUGCCGGUCAAAGUGGAGAAGGCAGCCACCUCCGUGAGCCCUGUGGCCCCGCCGGCCCCCUAUCCCGGCAUGGACUUGCUUCAGCAGCGCUACCUGGACGCCAAAGCCCUUCACCUCCACGCCGCUAAGGUGACCCUGGCCGUGUGCCCCUACUGCCCGCUGAACGGGGCGAUCAAGGGGGACCUGGCGGAGCACUUCCGGAACGCCCAUGGCCUCUUCGUCGCCAAAACCGUGCCCGGUGCCACUUUGAUAGAAGCCACGCGGACGCUGGCCGAGAGCAGCUUGCUCCCCCUGCCUCCCACCGCCUCCCCGCCACAGCCCCUCCCUCGGUUGCGCAAGGACAGCUUCAACGGCAAAGAGGCCCCCGCCCCUUCAGUGUCCAAUGGGAGCCCGCGGCCUACUGUCUCCCCCCAGCCCGUCCUCCCUGCCUCCCCUUCUGUCCCCUUGACCGUCUCCCCCCUGCCGGAGGCUGCCCCUCCUGGAUAUACGGACAAAAGCGUGCAGACCCCACCUGGCAAAGGCCCCCCUGCCCCCAUUGCCAACGGCAACCACCGGUACUGCCGCCUGUGCAAUAUCAAAUUCAGCAGCCUGUCAACUUUCAUCGCCCAUAAGAAGUAUUACUGCUCUUCACACGCUGCCGAACACGUCAAAUAGCACUUCACCUGCUCCUGGCUAUGCCAGCGUGGAAGCCUGGCUCCCUGGAGC